AAGUGGAGUCUUUUCAUCAUCAAAGAGAGAGAGAGAGAGAGACCCACUUCCAUGUACCAGUGGCAGCAGCAGCAGCACUACUGGUGGUAGUGGAGGUUGCCCAAGAAGGAAGAAGACCAAAAGGUGUUAGCUUUCUUAAACUACGCCUCAAGUGUGCGCAGGGUAAGCGGAGCGAAGGCAAAAGCUUCCUCUUCUUCUUGGCUCUGCAGAAGUAUGUGGAGGAGGAGGAUGAGUGCGGCGCAUUGUAGCAGCAGGGGGAGGAGGGUCUCGAAGGGGCUUCUUGCUUUGUUCUGCUUAUGGGGACUGCUCUCGCCAACAUGCGCCGCGAGGUUCGGUGUCUCAAGGCAGAGUUUCGAGGUGAAGAAGCACUUGAAGCGCUUGAACAAACCAGCCGUUAAGAGCAUUCAGAGCCCAGAUGGGGAUGUGAUAGACUGUGUUCACAUAUCAAAGCAAGCGGCUUUUGAUCAUCCCUUCCUCAAGGACCACAAGAUUCAGAUGAGACCCGGUUAUCACCCAGAAAGGCUGUUUGAUGAGGACAAAGAACCCGAAAAUCCGAAACAGAGAGUGAAUCCCAUCACUCAGUUGUGGCACCAAAAUGGGAAGUGCCCUGAAGGGACAGUACCUGUGAGGAGGACCAAGGCAGAGGAUGUCCUGAGGGCGAGUUCUGUGAAACGCUACGGCAGGAAGAAACACCGUUCUGUCCCUCAGCCUCAGUCUGCUGACCCCGACCUUGUCAACCAAAGCGGUCAUCAGCAUGCAAUAGCUUAUGUGGAAGGAGGCAAGUUUUAUGGAGCAAAGGCGACUAUAAAUGUGUGGGAACCCAAAGUACUGAACCCUAAUGAAUUCAGCUUGUCUCAGCUAUGGAUUCUUGGCGGUGCUUUUGGUCAAGAUCUCAACAGCAUUGAAGCCGGUUGGCAGGUGAGCCCGGAUUUAUACGGCGAUAACAACACGAGGCUUUUCACGUACUGGACGAGCGAUGCGUAUCAAGCUACCGGCUGCUACAAUCUCCUUUGCUCGGGUUUUAUACAAAUCAACAGUGAAAUAGCCAUGGGAGCCAGCAUUUCUCCGGUAUCUGGCCUCCAUAGCCCUCAGUAUGAUAUCAGUAUACUCAUCUGGAAGGAUCCGAAAGAAGGGCACUGGUGGAUGCAGUUUGGGGAUGGAUACGUCCUAGGCUACUGGCCGUCUUUCCUGUUCUCGUAUUUAACAGACAGCGCUUCAAUAAUCGAAUGGGGAGGGGAAGUGGUGAACACAGAAGCAGACGGCCACCACACUUCCACGCAGAUGGGAAGUGGUCGGUUUCCAGACGAAGGAUUCACCAAAGCGAGUUACUUCAGGAACAUCCAAGUGGUCGACCAUUCCAACAAUCUCAAAGCUCCUAAAGGGCUCAACACUUUCACCGAGCAGUCCAACUGCUACGAUGUUCAGAUGGGUAAGAACGAUGACUGGGGUCAUUUCUUUUACUACGGAGGGCCCGGUAGAAACCCUAAAUGCCCCUGAAAAUUAAACGCCAUGAACGGAAAGAAGAGAUGAUCAACAGAAGAAAAAAACGAUCUUUUACCGGGUUUUUCUUCGUCCAUGUGAAAUAUGAUUGAUUCUAGUUGAUUUUCGUUACGGUUACCUGUCCUCUCAUUUCGUAGACAUUGUUGUUCUUGGGUCUGUAGGUUUUUUCUGGGUAAAGGUCAGUGCAGUGGUGUAUAAUGUGGUUCCACUGAAUGGGAUUUUUUGGGUCAUGUGGUUUCUUGGCUUGCAAGUAAAGCUUUUCCUGUUGUGAGUGUGAAUGAGUUGUAACUUGUAUUGGUUUGUUCAUCACCUUUCUUGGUUUUGUCUAAUUGUAUGAGAAAGUUGGAAACCUUUGGUAUUA